AUGUUUGUGAGAAGCAACAGUAUUAGUGGAGGAAUUAUAGAGGGCAUCACGAUAGAGACAAUGGAAAAAGUCCCAAAUACCACUCAUGGAUCUUCUGGCUGUUUUGAACACUGUACACCUCCGGAACAAAACAGCACACCGACAUCUGCUGCGGUCAGUCGCCUCCUGAGAUUCGGAGCCGUGGCUCUUAUUGUUGGUGCAGUGUUGAUGUUGUGUGCUUCCAUGGCUGCUCUCUACCUGUGGAAAGGCAGUGAUAAAAAUGUUUAUAAUGUCCGUUACAGUAUGAGCAUCAAUGGGGAGGUGAGACAGGGCUCCGUGGAAAUUGAUUCAGACAACAACGUGGAGAGAUUUAAAACUGGGAGUGGAGCUGAGGAAGCUGUGGAGAUUCAUGACUUUCAAAUUGGAAUAACCGGAAUCCGCUUCUUUGGAGGAGACAAGUGCUAUAUAAAAUCCCAAAUCAAAGCCAACCUUCCACACAUGGGAGCUCACAACAAAGAGUCGCUGAUGUUUGACCUGACAGAUGAAGCUAUUCCAGUGAGUUUUGACGAGAAGUUCCUCAUAUGGAUUUCUGCCGAGCAGCCGCUCAAGGACACCAGCUUUCUGAGCAACAAAAUUCGGGGUCUUUGCGGGGAACUUCCCAUUUACUGGCUCCAACCUAUCUAUCCUAAAGAUGGGGAGAGGAGAAAAAGAGACACACAGCGAGCCAAACGGCAGUUUAACAUAGAGGAGUUUGAGGCAGCUGCUGAAGAGAGGAACCCGGUGAGUCACGCAGAAGAUGACACCUCCAGAGUCAGGGAAGAAGAGGAGGAGGGGGCACAGUCUGCUGCAGGGUCAGCAUACAAUCCCGAAAACCCCUAUCAUCGCAGUGGAGGUGCUGGAGAGGAAGGUGCCAUGACCUUUGACACCAUGUUAGACCACCAGGGGAUCUGCUGCUCGGAAUGCCAACGCAGCUACACUCACUGUCAGAGAAUAUGCGAGCCUUUGCAUGGCUACUGGCCGUGGCCUUACAACUACAGAGGAUGCCAGGUAGCUUGCCGAGUCAUUAUGCCCUGCCGCUGGUGGGUGGCACGUAUUUUAGGUGUUGUGUAAGAAAACACGCUGCACUUGUGAGAGAAUAUAUCUUUUUUUUUGUUAGUAAGACCCCAAGGGUUCCUAAACUUUCAGUUCCUAUGCAGUUAUGCAUGCAUAUAGGUAUUUUCUGAGUUUGACUGUAAAUACUGUUUAGAAAGCUAUGCAUGUUAGCAUGAAAUGAAGAUCAUGAUGUAUGAUUAUCUGUACUAUGAUACAUAUACUGAUAAUUGUCCUCCAUACAAAAUAUUUUACAUAUAAACAGGUGCUUUCUCUUUGGCUACUUAUUUUCAUAUAGCAAAACUGGAAUAUAUAAAUGCCAUAUUCCUAUUUACAGCAACAGACUUACAAAUGAGCACAUUCAUUUUUGCAUCAUGUAAUACUAAAGCUUAAUGUGCUGUGCUAUGUUCAAUGGAAGGU